GCGACGUGCCCUUUCAAGAGGCCGAUGAGGCUCGACAACGAUUGUUACAAAGCAAGCACGCUGUGCGGGAAUGGGUUCGUCAAGGGCAGGAGGUGGGAGUGCGGGGGAAGAGGCAAUACAAGCUAUGUUGCACGUUGUGCAACAACGUUUUCCCUGUGCGUGGACAAAGGCUAUUGACCACUUCACCCACCCGUCUGCACAUUGCAGAUUCCGUACGAGAGAGAUCCUGUACAAGCUGAUGAGGGACGGGGUUACCAUUAGUGAACCUGUGGGGAGGGCAAUGGCAGCCAGGCAUCUCGAGGUCCACGAGGAGGAGUUGGAGAUGGAGGACCUGCAAAGGGCCGAGGAGGCAGCUGCCACAAUGACAGAUAUGCCGAUGCAUGACGGGGCUGGUGGCCGUGGACGGCAGUCAAUUGCCCAAGGGACGCAGAACAUUACGAUGGAUGAAGAAGGGGUCGAUGGUGGGCCUGUGGACGACAAACUGUCUAUCCUCAGAGAGAGGGUGCUUGUCCUUGAGGAAGAGCGGAGGUCGACUCAAGUGCAGAACAUUGUACAACAAUCUUCAAGGCAAAAAGCCAACUUGUCAUGGCUCAGGACAGAGGGCAAACGUGCACCAUCAGGUUUUGUUGUGCCCCACGAUCGUCGUAUGCUGCAGACGAGAUUGGACGGUUGGGCAAGGGGAGGUCGUCUGCAGCAUUAUGAGAGGUUGUGGGCUAGAGCCUUGUACAGGGCUCGGGUGCCAUUCACAUUCAUACAACUUGAGACUACUCAAGAGCUGCAUGACUUCAUGGUAUCAUUGAUGAGGGUCACGAUUGGGCCUUCUUUGGUCCUCCCCUCAUACACUUACAUGCGCACGCGCCUCCUCGACGAGAUUUAUCACGAGAUAGCAGAGAGGGUCACUCCGAAGAAGGCAAAGUGGAAGUUGACGGGGUGUACGAUGAUGACGGACGGAGCAACGACAAGGUCAUACAAGCCUAUCGUCAACUUCGUCGCGGCAGGCAAGGACGGGCCCGUUUUGAUCACCACCGUUGACAUGUCGGAGAGAGAAAAGACUGGACUGACCCUUGCAGAGUUGUGGGAGGAGGUCAUCCGCGAUAUCAACGUCACGCGUGUCAAUGCUUAUUGCACUGACAACGCUUAUGCGAAAAAGGUGGCUGCACAAUGGUUGCAAGACCAUGCGGACAAAGACAUUUCCCGGAUCCCUUGGCUCCCCUGUGCAGCCCAUUGCUUGAGUCUCCUCCUGCGUGACAUCACAUGUUUCUCGUGGGUUUGCCCAAUCUUGAAGAACACACACAAGGUUAUGAUGUUCUUCAAGAACAUUCACAAGGCUCUCUCGUAUCAUCGGUCCUUCAAGGAGCAGGGGCAGCUGGAGCUGAUCCGACUAUGUGACACACGAUUCGGGUCAGCGUAUCAGAUGGUGGAGCGACUCACCGAUCAGGAGAGGAUAUUGCGGAUGGUCGUGGGUAGUAAGAGAUGGCGGAGCACCCUCUGGAGGGGCAAGGCAGGGCAGGAUGAUCGCCCUGUUCGACAACUUGUGUUAUCGGCGUCAUUUUGGGAUAGUGCACACCGCGUGCAGGACGUCAUGAGGCAAGCUUAUAGCCUGUUGCGUUCCAUGGACACAGACGGUUCCUCCCCCACCACCCUUUGGGCGCUUGUCGAGAGUAUCGAGGCGAGUGUGCACGACAUGGGCCUACCAGAGGCAGACGAGACUGAGAUUAUGGAGAGGGUUGGCUACCGUUGCGUCAUGAUGCGCCGGCCGGCGCAUGCGCUCGCAUACCUUGUUGACCCACGACGGCGUGAUGUGAGUCUCCUCGCUGACACUGACAGUGCAUUGGUGCAGAGCGCACUGCACCAUUUGGGAACAUACUCGGACGGUGGAGCGGGGUCAGAGGAGCAUACUACGAUGUGGUACGACUUGUACUUAAUCCACCAUGAUGAUCCCCACGCGGACCCUAGGCCCAAAUGGUGGACAAACCCCGUUGCGAUCGCACAGGCGAAGCACGGGGUGCACCCCGCCUGGUGGUGGUACUUGCAUGGUGGUGACUUCCCGCGGCUGCAGGAAGUCGGCAUCAAGGUGCUUGCCAUGUGGUCCACUGCCUCUCCAUGUGAGAGGAAUUGGGCCACAUAUGACUCAAUCCACACGAAGAGGCGCAACAGACUCUCCAGUGAUAGUCUGCGAAAACUCGUGUUCAUUCUUUGGAACAAGCAGCUUUUGAGAGCACGGUCGACUACCCGGAAGGGGUAUGCGGAUGUGUGGGCGGAUAUGGUGGAGGAGCCGCCAAAGCCAGCGGUAGGCGAUCCUUCAGAGGAGGUGUACGCCGAGCGCAUGUCGAUUCCUGAGGAGGUGGAGGCUGACAUGCGCACCCGGCGCAAGGAGGGGGGUGAUCGUGCCAGUGCGCGCCUGUUGCAGGCGCAAGAUGAUUACGAUGUGGAGGAUGAGGAUGUCAUUUACGAUGCGGAUGAUGUAUGGGCAGGGAAGGACAUGAUUGAGGAGAUUGCAGCCGUGGGGAAGGGGAUGGAGAAGGUGCACGAUGACCCGCUAGUGUCUCGUGUGUGGGAUAGGUGGGGAGGCCUUGAUGUUGUGGAGGACCUGGAAGGGCUCCUGCAUGGCUCCAGACACACCCUUCAUAUCAUGAAGGAUAUUGAGGAGUGUCGCAGGCCGGAGGGGGGCAGCAGACAGUGUCACAGCCACGGGCGCAGGGUCGACACGGACGCCUCAUAUGUUAGUACCCCCCCCAGCACUCCGUUGUUUGGCAUGCCUCUCGAUGAUGGGGCAGCCAGGCGACCUUUAGAGGGACCUCUCCUACAGAGUGUAGCAGAGGAGCCGUGUCCCGAUGUUGGGGAGAAGGAGGCAUCUCAUGACAGGGAGGAGGUGUGUCCUGGUGUUGACAAGCAGGAGACAACUUCUGACAUGGACGAGCAGGAGGAGGGUGCCAUGACCCAUGAGCAGCCUUGUCUCAUUUCAGAGGACAUGGGGAUAGGUCAGACCGAGCAUGCCUCCCCUGCACCCACCAUCUCGGAGAUGACACUAGUUGUCGGGGAGGGUGUGAGAGGACGUCAGCCCGAUCACCUGUGCGACACGGAGACAGGUACAAACGCAACUGCCGCACACCCACGGUCUACAGCGGGGCAAGAUGUUAUGGCCCAACAGGGCAGUGAGCCAGACACAGUGAGAGAGGUGCAAACUUCAGUACAGCCCCCUCCCAUAGCCGAGCACGUCGCUCCCGCAUCGGCAGUUCCCCCUCCCAUAUUUGAGAGCAUAGAGGCACAUAGAACGUUGACGACAAUGAUUGGAGAGAGCCUUGCCACUGCGGCGUCUUCCGGCACGCUUCGACCCACGUCAUUCUAUACAGCUCCUCCGCUGCCCGUCUUGCACCGAUAUGUUGUGGUGCGAGGACCCGGAUUGGCUAUCCCUUUCCACUCAUCUUCUCAUGUGGCCACGGCUACAGUCGGACGAUUAUCAUAAUCCAACAGCAGUGUAAUUGUACGUUCACACGAUGGCAGUGGUGGUUCGUCGAUGCCUCCACUUGCUCGGGGUCAUUCACAGCCUGUGCGCAGGGGAUCGGUCAAUUUAUCUCCGAUUCCUCCACUCCCCGCCCGAGUGUCAUCGGUCAUUGUUGACAACACUGCGACAAGAGGGAAGAAGAGGAAAACUGUUGAUACAUGUGCGGUAGAGCAUUCACGAGC